AUGGACUUGGUAAUGCCAGACGAGACUAGCCCAACGGGGAGCGGCAGCGCGCUCCCACCCACACUCACGACAAGACUCCCGCCCCAGACGACAAUGGACACGCCUCUCCCUACCAUCGAGGAUCCCGCCAGCGCCAGCUCGGCCACACCCGCUCCAGAGCCGAAGAAGCCAGAGAUCAUCCUCAUUACUGGCAUCGGUGGCUGUGGCAAGUCUCGGCUGCUCGCCGACCUGCAGGCCCAGCUGGGCCAAGAGGAGUUCACCUAUUUCGAUAUCUCCGAGUAUGAGACGGCCUUGUGGCAGCAUGGGAAUACCAUUCACGACCCCUCAAGCGACGAGCGUAUCGAGAGGCUCGGCCACCAGUAUACCGGUGAGCCUGGCCGCGGCGGUGUCCCCGCGUUCUACACGGCCGAGUUGGUGCGCAUCCGCGACUGUGCGCUCGUCCUGUAUGUGAAUGAGGACCUGCAACUCGUUGCCCAAUACCGUGGCCAGGAUGCUCGGCCGCGCCUCCCCAUCCCCGUGCAGGACCUAUGGGCGUGGUGGAAGAACGACGACCUCGUUGCCAAGACGUUGGCGCACGAGAAUGGGGUGCCCAUUAAGGAGUUGAAGGUCGCAGGCAUGCCAGACUAUGCCCACAGGGUCGGCCUCGUCGCCGCCAACAUCUGCCGGUUCUUUAGCACGACCGAGGAGACCAACCUCGCCGAUGUGCUGUCGCUGGCUGAUCAGAUCGGAGCGUCCCAGCGCUCGAACGGAAGAAUCGUGGUCAUGGACGCUGACCACAUCUUGACAGACCUGAACACCUGGCAGGCUUUGUCUGACGAGAUGGCCCUGUUGCGAGGCGAGCCGCGCCAGCCGCUGGUCAACAGGGACCACGCCCACCCAGUCAUAUUCGACCCGGCCAAGAGAGGCGACUUCGAGGUUCUCCGUCAGCUGUGCUAUCUGGUGAGCAAUAACACUGGUGACGUAUACGCGAUGGCUUGCUACAACAUCGCCCGUCGGAUAGCCGCUCGUCUCCCUCCCGAGUUCGAGCGUUUGUUGUGGCAGAUCAAGUUGCAGGAGAGCUUCCUGGCCGUCUUCCUGACCUCUGGCUCUCAGCUGGUUUGGGAUAUGGUCCUGGAGCUGGUCCUGUCCAAGAAGUCGUACCUGAUGAAUCCCAUGGUCGUCCAUGGGGUCGUUUCUGCCGAGGAGAAGAAGCCCCUCUUUACGCCCGCCGCCAAGGCAGCCUUUGUCAAGAAGCUCCAAGAGGACUACCAGCUGCGCGUGCAUACGUUCGGCAAGGAGCCCCAUGACGUCCCCAUGGUCAACGCUGCCGGUGAGAACGGAUUCAUUGUCCGAAAAGACUGGGAGAAAAGGGCCAUAGACACGGACGUUUCCACUACUCCGGAGCGCCCUCUCGCCAAAGUGCUCAUGCUUCGCACCAAGGAACGAGGACUCAUCAAUGGAUGGCGGCUGCCCAGAACGAUAGACGAUGACGUCGGCGACAUCUACGAAGCGAUCGGCCUGCUAGAAGAUCAGGGCUAG